AUUAAAUAGUGCUGAGGCGCUGAAAGUACGUAUUUUCAUCAACAAUGAAAGGCAGGACUGAGACGAGAGGAGAAAGUUUUCAGAUAGAGCUGCUAACAAAACUUAUUGAGGAGUCCCACUUAAGACAAGACAAUAGUUAGAAAGAGAGCGUAGAGGAGGAGAGAGAGAGAGAGAUAGAGAUAGACAGGAGGGCAUUACAUAAUAAAUCGGUAACAUUCGACCGGGACCGGCACUGACUGACACUUAGGCUAACUUAUUGCUAGGAUCGAACCGAUUAUCCUAUAUAUUUUUUUAACUUGGCUGAUUUUGUAUAUUUGCACAAAUAUUUAGGUGUAUACAUUGUUUAAAAUCGUAUUACCUGUUUUAAAUGUGUUUAUCUGAAUGAUAAACAUUAUGCGACCUCCGCGGCUUGUCACUCUCCUGGCGCGGAUGAUGUUGACAAAGUUGUCAGAAACGCGCUUCUCUCCGUUCUGAACGCUUUCACAACUUUCGCCUCAGAUUAUCCUCUGAUGUUUCCUGAAACUGGAAAACAGCAGUGACUGUUGUAAAUUACAAAAAGAGAGAGCUCUUCUUUCAAGUCCUCAGUAAAAGCUAUGACCUCAGCCACGCCCCCUUCCUCACGUAGCCCCUCCCCACAGAAGGUCUGCCACUCCCAAACACAGACAGACGUUCUAAAGCCACUCCUAGGCGGGGGAGGCGGGGCUUCGACAGGAAACGGACCUGCGGCAUUGAGACGCCGUCGACGGGUGCUAUCUAAAGAUGGGCGGAGCAACGUACGCAUCGAACAUGUCAGCGGCCGAGGGACGCUUUACCUGCGUGACCUGUGGACGACCUUUCUGGACAUGCAGUGGCGCUAUAAGCUUUUUCUCUUUUCCGCUACCUUUGCUGGCACCUGGUUCGUCUUCGGAGUGCUGUGGUACUUGGUGGCGCUUGUGCAUGGAGAUUUGCUAGAGUUUGACCCUCCGUCCAACCACACGCCGUGUGUGAUGCAGGUCCAAACCCUGACUGGAGCAUUCCUUUUCUCCCUGGAAUCACAAACUACGAUCGGUUAUGGCUUUCGCUGCAUCACUGAGGAAUGCCCACUUGCUAUAAUCCUGCUUAUUGUCCAGCUUGUCAUCACCAUGGUGAUGGAGAUCUUCAUCACUGGAACCUUCCUUGCCAAGGUAGCACGACCGAAGAAACGUGGUGAGACGGUGAAGUUCAGUCAGCAUGCUGUGGUCGCCAAUCAUGAGGGCCGACCUUGUCUUAUGAUCCGUGUCGCUAACAUGCGUAAGAGCCUCCUUUUGGGCUGCCAGGUAACAGGUAAGCUUCUGCAGACGUCGCUGACUAAAGAGGGUGAGACGGUGCGUCUGGACCAGAGGAAUGUAGCUUUCCAAGUGGACACGUCCAGUGACAGUCCUUUCCUCAUCCUGCCCCUCACUUUCUACCACGUGAUAGACGACAACAGCCCACUGCGGGCCUGGGCUGCCAAAGGUGGUGGGUGGACAGAUCCGGAGCUGGCUGACUUUGAGCUGCUUGUAAUCAUGAGCGCUACCGUGGAGCCGACCUCGGCCACCUGCCAAGUGCGCACCUCCUACCUGCCAGACGAGAUCCUGUGGGGCUACGAAUUUCCUCCUGUCGUCUCCCUCUCUCCCUCCGGAAAGUAUGUAGCUGAUUUUGCCUUCUUCGACAAGGUUGCCAAGACCAAGACCCCACCCCUUUUUAAACAAGCCCCGCCUCCAAACACCCAGUCGCCGCAGCAUCAAGGCAAUGGCGGUGGAGAGCAAGGGGCGGAUAUGGAGAAGAUGCGAUUGGAGGAGAGUUACCGAGAGGAAAGGGGGCGGGACAGGGGGCGUGUCCGAGACCAGCUUAGCGUCCGCAUUAGUAACGUCUAGAGAGCGAAAAACAGAGAUGAAUGAGUGAAUGGGGGAUCAGAUGGGGAUAAAUUGCUUGAGUACUUGUUUGAUUCAGUGUUAGCCAACUUUUUUUUUUUUUUUUGCGAUGCCACUGAGCUUACCUGUUGUUCAAGGUAGCGUGCCAGUACAGUUGGCUAGCGCUGAAAUACUGAAAUACGCUGACAUACAAGCAUGAAAUAGAGAAGAUAAAGAGAGAGUGGCUAUGUUCGGAAUAGCACACUAGGAUACUACACUUGCUGUUUCUGCAGUACAUAGUACAUAUACUGUGCAUAGCAUUCAAGUUUUCUGUAUGAACAGAACACACGGAUGACCCACAAUGGCAAAUGGCUGCCCGUAACUAAAGAUUUUUCUGGUCGGCCAGUAGUCGUUCAUUUUAAGCAUUAGUCAACUAUUAGUCGCUCAUUUAUUAAUAAACAUGUAAAUCAUGAUACUGAGUCUUUAAUUGCCUACACAGCCUAAUAAGCGCUGAAGCGCAUGCAAAAAAAGCUUGCCACAGUGCACCGGCAGAUAAAAUAAUUAUGAAUGUGUCUGGGAAAAACAGCAAGGAGACUACAUUAACGUUUUAAAUUUAUUGAUAAACUAGUGUAUUCUUUAUUUUCAACAUAAGAGAUUAAGUCAGCGACACUGACUUGUCAUCUCCGCAGUAGCGAUGCACCUGUAUGCGUGUUUCAUACAGAUGACAUAAUCUGAGAAUAUUUGUUUUUUAUUUAAAUUGGUUCAUUUGAAAGUAGACAUUUCACUCUCAUCAGACAAAUAUAUACAGAGAUAAUUUCAGAGACCAAGACGGCAGAAAGCGCAUCCUGUUUGCUUGAAUUAUUAUUUACAAAAGCACAAUGUUUUGUUGUUAUUGUGAGAGCACACAAAUAAAUGUCUUUACAGAUCAAAAAGAUAUAUUACCAAAAUGAUGGCGUGUUUUAGGUGCCUCCAUCUGUCAUAAAGUGAGUGUGCUACUAUUCAGCUUCAUUGUUCCGGAUCGGAAAUGUCCAAGUAUCUUACCACGUAAAAUAUCGUCUUUGGAAGAAAAUUAUCCUACACAAGUACAGAGUACAGCUAUUUAUCUAGACCAGUAACUUUUUGACACAACCUGCAAAUUUCCACAAUAGAUAAAUAACUAGGCUAUCUUAGUGGGAAAGUCAAAACUCCACUUCUGAGUCGCAGUCAUCAGAAGCCUGCAUGUUGCCAGAUAUUGAGGGGGUUCUUUUGUGGUACAGAUUUGAUGCCGUCUUUAACGGCAACAUAGUGCUUGUUGGCUUAAAAGCAGGAAACGGUAGAUGUAUGAUCCACAGCUAAAUCAAUUAGUAAAGCCCUAUGAUUUAAAGUGUCACAAAAUUCUGAAAAUAUAUCAUACAUUAUGGGAUUUUUUUCAUUAUUGAUCGUAUAUCGUACAGAGGUCAAAAUUAUCAUACAAAUACAAUAAUUAUCAUACAUCUGGCAACACUGUUAAGCUUCCAGAUAUGACGACUAUUAGUUAGUUGACUACUGGGGGGCAGCCCUAAACAUUACCAGAUUCAUGUUCAUCCAUUAUGGAAAUUGGACAUUCAUUUCCAAACAGCCGUGAUAUGUGCAACAACCAACUCAAUAAAAUGUUUGCAAGAAUCACGUUCUUCCAUUUCGAUUAAACUGUACACUUUAUUAGGGCCACUCAGUGGUCAUUUCAAGUAUCCCACAAUGCAGUGCACUCAAUAUUAUGAUUUCAGAACUUGAAGCAAUAUCAGCCACAAUUUUAUCUUUUAUCAGGUGCUGCUUACAGUGCAUUCAAACUGUAUGUUUCUAGAGCAGGGGCGUUCAGUUCUGUUCCUGGAGGGCUGUGUCCUGCAAAGUUCAGCUCCAACCCCAAUUAAACUCACCUGAACAAGCUAAUUAGUGUCUAACUAGGCAUACUAGAAACUUCCAGGCAGGUGUGCUGAGGUACAUUGGAGCUAAACUCUGCAGUAGCCUUCAGAUACUGAAUUUGGACAAUUAAUUUUCUUUUUAGCUAGUAAUUUGUGCGGUACAGUUUUAGCAUACUACUAUUUAAUGCACGUUGUUUCACUAAAAGACUAAAAAUCGUAUGCUACAUAUAUAGUUAGUAUGCUAGUGUUCCAUUCCGAACAUGGUGAGAAAUACUGUAAACUACUUAACUAUUAGACCAUGUGGAAUCAAAUGGUGAUUCAACAUAGAUCUGCUGCUUUAUACAUGAGAAAACAGCAACAGACGCUCAUGUAAUGGACCUGCUCACUGGGAAGGACUAGUUCACCACCUUGUGGCCAAGAAAAGCAGUGCCACAGAUUUGAGACACUUUGAGGAGGACAACUAUUCUGUAAACUCUGAUGGACAAUACCUGAUUUUAUAAACACAUGAAUAAUGAUCUAUUUUUGCAGAAGGAUUAUGGAGUACAAUGGACUGGAGGGUUGAAUGGCAUAGACUGUCAUAAUAUUUAAACCACUGUACUGUAGUUAUUGAUAGAGCAAAGGUACAACAUUUAGGGCGAAUAACUUGUGUCUUAUUGAGAGACUGUAUCGGAUAUGAUUUGUAUCUAUAUUUUGUGUCUAACAGUGCCAGUAUAGAACUAUUUUGGGUAAAGACCUAGUUUUUUUCCCCAUAGCUGAUCUUUUGUCACUGGAAUAAACAAUGAUGUUUGUUAACAAUACUAAAAGCACUUUAACUCAAGGAGGAGGCUUUAUUUUUGAUAUUUCAUUUGGGUCCAACUUAACUGUACAUGGUCUUUUAUAUUGAAGAUGAUGACUAAGAGUGAAAGAAUGUAUUAUGAAUUAUAGUAAUUGUCAAGUCAACGUGCCUAUGAAUGAACAACAACAACAACUAUAAUAAUAAUAAUAAUAAUAAUAAUUUAGAGCGGUUUAAUAAGUUAAGAACCACUGUUGUAAAUUACUAUUGUUCAUGCAUUGUGUUAUUUUUAGUGAAGGAACUGUCCAUUAUACAGGUUGUUGAGGUGAAAUGUAAUUAGUUUCAUAAAAUCAUUUUUUACGUGAGAUCAGAUACAGUAUAAGCUUUUCAACUUGCAGGUAAUACAAACAAAAUAUGUCACUUAUUAUUAUUAUUCUUAUUAUUCUUAUUAUUAUUUAUUAUUAUUAUUCAAAUGGUUUAUGUUGUUGAAAAAGAAUGAUUUUGGUUUAAUAUUUAGCACAUUUGCCUGUCUUAAACUGCGGCUGUAAGGAAACAUCUGUUUCAUGAAUUUCCUUUUGUGUUUAGUCACUUUCAGAACUGGCCUUUCAUCACUUUAACUGCUAAUGAUCUCAAAUGACUGUUUUUAAUAAAUGAGAAGUUUUGAAA